AUGUCGAAGGCUGCGGAUAGCAUCCUGAAGCACCUGAAGGUGCGACGCCAAAAACAACGGGCCAUCCUCAAAAUGAGAUGCCAAUGUGCCAAGGGAGGACUCGAGUUCGAGCAGCUGGACACUUUCUACAGAGCCAUCAGGCCAUAUCUUUGUGUGGCCCAGCUCUUUGGAAUUAUGCCAGUAUCAAAUAUUCUGAGUCGCGAUCCGCAGGAUGUUAAAUUUAAAGUAAGGAGCAUUGGCCUUGGAGUCACUGGUAUUUUUCUGAUUCUUGGUGGACUUAAAACCUUAAUGGGUGCCAAUCUUCUCUUUAAUGCUGGACUCAAUGCCAAGAAUAUGGUUGGCUUGGUCUUUCUUAUCGUGGGCAUUGUCAACUGGUUGAAUUUCGUUGGCUUUGCUCGUUCCUGGUCGCAAAUAAUGCUACCGUGGAGCUCCUUGGAUAUCCUGAUGCUGUUUCCUCCUUAUAAACGUUGCAAACGGAGUCUUCGGUCAAGGGUCAACAUCGUAGUUCUUACAGUGUUCUGCUUUGCCAUAGGAGAUCAUAUUCUGUACUAUGCCUCCGGUUAUAUCAGCUAUAGUAUGCAUAUUAGGCAAUGCCAAACAAAUCAUUCCCGAAUUACCUUUGGACAUUAUUUGGAGAAAGAGUUCUCAGACAUUAUGGUUCUGCUGCCCUGCAACAUGUUCUCUAUUUGCUAUGGAUUUUGGUUAAAUGGAUCGUUCACCGUUUUGUGGAACUUUAUGGACAUCUUUAUAGUGAUUACCAGUAUUGGACUGUCUCAAAGAUUUCAGCAAUUUGCCGAUCGAGUUCUGGCUUUGGAGGGUCGUCACGUUCCAGAUGCUCUCUGGUACGAUAUCCGACGAGAUCACAUUCGCCUUUGUGAAUUGACCAGUUUAGUGGAUGACAGUAUGUCGAGUAUUGUCUUCGUAUCCUGUGCAAAUAAUGUUUAUGUCAUCUGCAACCAGGCUUUGGCUAUUUUUACCAAACUGCGACAUCCCAUUAAUUAUGUGUACUUCUGGUACUCGCUGAUUUUUCUGCUGGCCAGGACUGGCCUCGUUUUCAUGACCGGAUCCAGGAUACACGAUGCCUCGCUCCUGCCGCUGAGAUCCUUGUAUAUGGUGCCCAAUGGCGACUGGACUCAGGAGGUGCAAAGGUUCGCCAGUCAGCUGACCAGCGAGUUUGUCGGACUGUCCGGCUAUCGUCUGUAUUAUUUGACAAGAAAGAGCCUUUUUGGGAUUCUGGCCACCCUGGUCACCUACGAACUUAUGCUACUACAAUUGGAUGCAAAAAGCCACAAGGAUCUACGAUGCGCUUAA